AUGACGACGCCAAACUCCAACGCGUAUGCCCAAGAGCACUACAGCGGGCUCGAGGUGGACACCCGCCAGUCGCCCCUCAGCAGUGCGGGAGGAUGGAACGCCGACGACUUGACCAAGUUCCGACUCGCCGACCAGAACCCGAGCAGUGCACCGCAGGUCCACAACCCCGAUCUCCCGGAGGUGGCUCCGUACUAUGGGCAGGACUACUCGAUGCCGCAGGCCGUUGACGCGGCACACGGCAACGGCCACGGCAACGGCACGGGAUAUGGACAGACGUACUACGCGCCGAAAGAGAACCCCGAUUCACCAGAAGUGACCGAGAUCCACGAGGAGAAGAGGCCAAAAUUAAUAUGCGGGAUGAAGAGGAAGAUGUUUUGGAUCGUCCUGGCGAUUGCAAUUGUUGUCGUGAUCGCUGCCGGUGUUGGCGGAGGCGUCGCUGGAUCGGCUGCUGCUGCGAAUAGCUCUCAAUCAGACAGCUCAUCAAGCGGAUCGGGCAGCGGAAGUGGAAGUGGGAGCGGAAGCGGUGACAGCAGCGGUGGAAGCGGAAGCAGCGGAGACACGAACAAUUCGACAGAUACAGGAGUGAUUCUCCCUGCGACGAAUAUCGGAUCAUUGAAUUUCACGGAUCAGUAUGGAUGGGAGAACUCGAUGGUCUUCUUUCAGCUGAGAAACAAGAAGGUCUGGCAGUCUUACUGGAAUGCGUCAACAAAUGUCUGGACCUCGGCCGACGCCAAGGUACUGGACACCGUGAAGGAAGGCACACCAAUCUCCAACAGUCUGUUAUGGCACAGCAAGACGUCCCGCGACGCCCGUAUCUACUACCUUAACGAAGACAACAAAGUCAUGGGCCAGAUCAAUGGGAACCCCGCCUACGGGGCAACCUGGGACCAGUCUGGCGUCUCUGACACAUACACUGCGGCGAGCACUUCGCAACUCUUAUCCAACGGCCAAUAUACCAAUGACUCAUACCUUGACAACCUGGUGGUCUACCAAGACUCCGGCAGCGUCAUCCGCGUCAUCCGUCGAAUCGGCAGCGGAGCCACCGACUGGCAGGUCAAUGGUAUCGAUACCGGAUUCGGCACCCCGGCCUUGGGUACUUCCAUGUCUCUCAUCCCCAUCCAGACGAUCGAGACGAACAAGACUAUGAGGCUUUUUUACAUCUCCACAGCAGGCGCAAUCAUCGGCCUGACAGUGUUCAGCAACAACAACACCUGGAUCGGAGAGACGCUGCCCGCGACCGUCGCCACAAACUCGUCCCUCGCAGCGUUCUCAUAUGGCUAUGACACCGACCUCACUAUGCAUGUUUUGGCAACGCAAGAAGGCAAGGCGCCGAUUCUGACGACGUACUCUGGCGGCGAGUGGACGAACCAGGGCGAAAUUGCGGCCAUGUCUGGGGACGAUAUGCCGACUAAGAUCGCAGCCAACCUCGCGGGCCGGGUUUACGGCGUCGUAGAAAGGAACGCUACGAAGGUGGAGAUUGUGGGAUGGAAGUGGACAAACGGCACGACGUACGAAAAGAUUGGCGUGGUCGACGUUAGCACAUAA